CAUUAUCAGUCAGCAAACAGAUUCCCUCUGCAUUGCCGUCAAUUAGACGCCCGCACCGCAGUCAUUGAUAAUUUUUUCAGCGUCUAAAAGACAAUCACGCAGAAGAAAGAAUCGAAAAAGAGAAGGAUGAGGAAGUUCGAUCCAUGGCCGGUAUUCUUCAAGAGAGAAUGGAACCGUAACUGGCCUUUCCUCGUUGGCUUUGCCAUCACUGGCGCUCUCAUCACCAAAUUCUCUCUCAGCCUCACCGAGGAGGAUGCGAAGAAUUCUCCUUUCGUGCAAAGGCACAAAAAGUAA